AUGUCUGCAGAUGAUAGGUGUUGCCAGUUCUGGGAGAUUGAAAUUCCUGUUGAAAACCAUGAAGAGCAUGCACUGUUUUGCGCUGGAUCAGCAGAUGAAAGUGUGUUGUUGGUGACUGGAGCAAAGAAGAAACGAGUUGAAGUCCGUUUGAGUGAUUUAAGCAGUGCUGACCAACAGCGCAAGGCGGUGGCCAAGCACAAAGAAAUAGGCGCCUGGCUCAAACAUGGAACUGUGAGAAAAGCAUCCAAAGGAAAAAUUCCUGAGGAAGCAAUCAUGCGCUGCCGAUGGCUGCUCACCUGGAAAUCAGCCUCACCUGAGGAUCACCCCAAGGAUGUGAGUGAGGGUCGUAAGGCAAAGGCCCGGUUGAUUGUUGUUGGGUACGAGGAUCCUGGAGUUGGGGUGGUUCAAAAUGAUUCACCCACACUCACCAAAGAUGGAAGACAGAUGGUGGUGCAACAGGUGAGUAGUCAUGGUUGGGAACUAGUUUCCUUCGAUGUCUCAACUGCCUUUCUUCAAGGCGAAGGAGACGGAAAAGAGAAAUAUGCCCAUCAGGGAGGUUUGAUUUUUGUCACGACUCCAGAGUUGCUGGAGAACAAGAGAUCAGUGGUAGCACCAGAGGGAGCUUCCGCCGCACCUGCAGAGGCAGAUGCGGAAAACUUUGAUCCCAAUUCCGGUGCCAAGGCCCGUGGUGAUGGAGAUUUGCUGGGCUUGGGAGGGGCCGCCGGGGCCGCGGCUUCAUCCUCGGCAGAGGAGCCCGACAAGAAGAUGAUCUAUGUGUACCACAAGGGCGAGAAGAACUGCGUCGGCUGGUAUUCUGACAUGCAGGCAGAUGACAUCAAGGAGGCGAUCCUGUGCGCCUGCGAUGCCAUCAUGGAUGGAGGCUUCGUGCUGCGCGAGGUUCAGCUCGCAGAUGAAGAAGAAAAAGCGGAGCCAAAGGAGGAUGGCCGUGUCUUUGAGUUCGAGGAAUUUGAUCAGCUGCAGAAUGGACAGACCUACAUCAUCGAGGCCGCUGGCGAGAGGGACGACCUGAAAAAGAUUACAGGUGAUCGUUUCCGACGCUUGAAAGUGCAGAUCGAUCCCAAGUUGCACGUGGAGGCCGUAAAGGCGAUUGACAGAAUGAGACGUGGCGCAAACCUUCUGAAACAUACGCAUUAUGGCUUUCCUCAUCUUCGACAGUUCCAGUUGAGCGACGACACAAAGCGCCUCAUUUGGUACUCGGGUGCCAAAAGGAAAGAGGACUCCAUGGUGAACUUGGACGAGGUGGUGGAGAUUAAGCUUGGUCAGCAGACACCAGUCUUCCUUCACUACCGCUUGCCCAUGCUGGAGCAUUUGUCCUUCUCAAUUAUCUAUGGGCCAAAAGGUUCAAAGACGUUGGAUCUCACCUGCAAAGAUGAAUUUGAAUUUGAUCACUGGGUCACAGGGCUGAAAGCCAUCUUCUAUUCCUCCAAGAACAAGCAGAUCUCCAAGGAGGUGCUACUGGCGCAUUCCAAGCGCUUUCAAAAGGCCAUGGAGAAGAACAACGUGGGGAUCAAGCUGACGAAGUUGCCCGAAGUCAAGGAGAAGGGCCAUGUGGGGCUUGAUGACUGCAUUGAGAUUGUGACGCACACCCCGCAGCAGUUGGACACCAAGAUGGAAAGGUUGAGGGAAAGGUUGAAGACCAUGAGUCAGCAGGUGUCUCGAUUAGAUCACCACUCAGCUGCCGAGAUGGAGGUGGAUCUUUCAUUGUUGACAGGUCAGGGUCCCGCCUAUGCCAGCGUCUUCGUCCAGGAUGAGGACGCCCAGGAUGAGGAAAUGGAAAUCCGCCGUAUGCAUGAGCUCGUUGAGCAGACCACGCAAGUUCUACAGCAGGCGCGCAACGAGCUCAUCGCGCUGAAUCAGCGUCAACGAUCUGAAAGCUCGGCCAGCACAGAGGCCAAAGCCAAGAAGAAGGAGACGGCGGCAUGCAAGCACAUCGACCAGCUCCUUUGGAAAGCAGAGGUGGACCUGGAAAAUGUGGAAGAUAUGUAUUUGAGGCACAUUGACAACCAGAAGGAGACCUACUCCUUAGCUGACUUCAACCAGAGAGUGUCCAGAACCUUUUCGGACAUCGAGGAGAGCAUAAACAAUCAGCUUGACUCCAUCAAGUCAUUCUUCCUCAGGUGACGGCUGUAGGUCGUUGACUGAUCCACUCUGUGCCAAUGAUCCAGUGACGAAUAAACCUGAAGCCGACAGCUGACCGAUCCUGUUGGCUGCUAUGAGUCAUCGCCGACCCCAACAUGGGCGAAAUACCAUGGAAAAACAUGGAAUCA